AUGCAGCUCUGCCAUGAAGGCGCUCCGAUGAUGGCCUUGCGAACCGUGAGCCGAAGCUUUUGCAGUGCGCUGGAGCGGGUGGGGCGCAUGGGAGGCAUGCCUAAAUGGCCUCUGGUCGUGAUGAUCACUGCAGACGACUUCGUCAGCAAGCAUCGACCUGUUGAGCCUGAAUUCGUGAUCGAGUUUGAACGUGGCGAGAUGGCAACCUGCAGCUACACAGUCUACGGAAACAGUCUGGACACCCGUCAGAAUGCUAAGUACAUCUUCAGUUUGAAGAGCAGAGGAGGUGCUUGUGGCGCACGUGGUUCCAACGCCACUUCAGGCAAGCUGGGGCGAAUACGACAUGGCCUCGGUGUGGAGAGUCGCCUUUGGGCACUCCCAAAGCUACAGCGGAGAGCGACGCUCAACCUGAACAUGACUCCCGAGGAGUAUGCAUGGAGCAGCAUGCAGGUCGCCAUGCAAUGCGACCCGCGAGCUUCCAAGCGUCUCGUCCUGCUCGAUGCACAGGAGAAGGUGGUCCUGAAGCAUACCUUCUUGGAUCCCGAUUACGUGUUACCGCAGCCUGGUCGAGGAGUCUUCCGAAAGGUCGACAACAAGGGCAUUCACUGCGAUCGCGUGCACAGAUCGUUGCUGCGUCAAGUGCGGGACCUAUGUGGGAACCCCAAUGCCAUCGUCGACAGCUGUAGCUUUGCCUUGAGUCCAUCCGUGCCAAUUGGGCUGCCUGUCGCCUGCGGCGGCUUUGAGCCCUUGCCCGACAUUUUUAUCGACUGA